AUGGCCAAACCCUUCCUUCACACCCCCCAAGAUCCAAGCGGAGACAAAAUCCGGUUACUAGUUCUACUCCCAGCACCCCUCGACGCACCAAUCCGCUGCCGCCUCGAAACAGUCCCCUUGUCGUCCGCCCCCAAGUAUGACAUCCUCACCCACCUCUGGGGCGCCAACAAGUCCAAAGCCACCGCCCUCAACGAUACGCCGAUCCCCGUCAGCGAGCCCAUAUUAGCAGCGCUACGCCGUCUCCGGCCUCCAUCUGGGUCCCCGAGAAGCAUCUGGAUCGACGCCGUCUGCCUGGACCAAAGGGACCGGUGCGGGACGGAGCAUCAGCAGCAGCAGCAGCGGUGGCGUAUUCUGCCGCGCGUCUAUGCCGAAGCGCGCCAGCUAUGCGUCCGGAUGGGGCGAGUCGUCGGCCGUGAAGGGCGCUGGAAUUUAUGGGGUUCCUUGCCCCGACUGGGAUGUGCGGACGCCGCCGCGCCUGUCUUUUUGUUCAGGAAGCGGUUCUUGGGCUCGGCGUAUUGUAUUUUUGUGGUUGGGCAGCAUGAGUGGACGUGGGAGGCACCUGGGAGACUCCGCUGGGGAGGGGAUGUCGGGGAGGGAGUCCGUCCCGAGGCCAUGGACUUUCUUAGGCUUUACCACUCCAUCCACGCACUUCGUCAAAAGUGGAGCGACGGGAAACGGGAUUUGAACCCUUAUGGGCUGCUGUACGAGUUCCGGUGGCUGGAGUGCGAGGACCCCAGAGACAGGAUCUACGGCUUCCUCAACCUGGCACCUCGCAUCCUCGAAGCGGGCAUGGUGCCCGACUACAGCACCCCCAUAAAGCGCGGUACACAUAUACGCAGAUUUCGCCCGCAAGAUGAUAACGACACAGCGGGACCCUCGACAUCCUCAACUACCCCCCGGCCUCGCUACGGCGCAGCCAAGCUCCUCCCCGCCCAGCCCCAACCGCACCCAGACCCCCACACCCUCGUCCUCCACGGCAUCCGCUUCGACGCGGUCGCCGCGCUCGGCACCCCCUGGCACCCCGAGCGCGACCAGCCACCACCCGCCUCGCGCACCGAGAUCGCCGCCCUGGAACAGUGGGAGGCGCUGGCUUUGACGACACCGGUGGCGUGCCCCGACCCCUAUGGCGGCGACAGAGACAGAGAUGGGGACGGGGGCGGUGACGGGGGUGGUGGGCGGCGCGCGGCGCUCUGGCGGACGUAUAUUGGUGACUUUGCCGGCGAGCGCAGCGCCCCUGCCGAGCAUGCGGUCGUGCUCGAGCGCUGGUACGGCCCGGCGGCGGGAGGGGCGGCGGCGGCGGGCAACAUGGCCGAAACCGCCGUUUCUGAGCAGCGGCAGCAGCACCGGGCGCCGCUACGGAAUCCGUUCCGGGACCUGAGGGACUAUGCUGUGGAGCGGUUUAAACGUGCUGGGGCAGUGGGGCCGGGGGCCGGUCCCGGGUGUGUGGGGCAGUACGCACGGCGGGUCCGGGCGGUUUGUGGUCACCGCCGGCUGUUGGUGUCGAAGCGGGGGUAUAUGGGGCUGGCGCCGUGGCAUGCCGAGGUGAGGGAUGUUGUUGCGGUGCUGCAUGGCGGGAGUACGCCGUUUUUGCUCCGUCCAGGCGCGGUGCCCGGUGUCUACUCGCUGGUGGGCGAGUGUUUCGUGUAUGGCAUCAUGAACGGCGAGGCGCUCUCGUGGGAGAAUGCUGCCGCUGCGGCACGGGACUUUCGGAUUGCGUAG